AUGUCAGCCUUCCUGUGUCAGUUGUCAGCCUUCCUGCGUCAGUUGUCAGCGUUCAGGCGUCAGUUGUCAGCGUUCAGGCGUCAGUUGUCAGGCUUCUUGCGUCAGUUAUCAGCCUUCUUGCGUCAGUUAUCAGGCGUCCUGCGUCAGUUGUCAGGCUUCCAGCGUCAGUUGUCAGCCUUCCAGCGUCAGGUGUCAGCCUUCCAGCGUCAUUUGUCAGCCUUCCAGCGUCAGGUGUCAGCCUUCCAGCGUCAGUUGUCAGCCUUCCAGCGUCAUUUGUCAGCCUUCCAGCGUCAGGUGUCAGCCUUCCAGCGUCAGGUGUCAGCCUUCCAGCGUCAGUUGUCAGCCUUCCAGCGUCAUUUGUCAGCCUUCCAGCGUCAGGUGUCAGCCUUCCAGCGUCAGUUGUCAGCCUUCCAGCGUCAUUUGUCAGCCUUCCAGCGUCAGGUGUCAGCCUUCCAGCGUCAGGUGUCAGCCUUCCAGCGUCAUUUGUCAGCCUUCCAGCGUCAGGUGUCAGCCUUCCAGCGUCAGGUGUCAGCCUUCCAGCGUCAGGUGUCAGCCUUCCAGCGUCAGGUGUCAGCCUUCCAGCGUCAUGUGUCAGCCUUCCAGCGUCAGGUGUCAGCCUCCCAGCGUCAGGUGUCAGCCUUCCAGCGUCAGUUGUCAGCCUUCCUGCGUCAGGUGUCAGCCUUCCAGCGUCAGGUGUCAGCCUUCCAGCGUCAGUUGUCAGCCUUCCAGCGUCAUUUGUCAGCCUUCCAGCGUCAGGUGUCAGCCUUCCAGCGUCAGGUGUCAGCCUUCCAGCGUCAGGUGUCAGCCUUCCUGCGUCAGGUGUCAGCCUUCCAGCGUCAGUUGUCAGCCUUCCUGCGUCAGGUGUCAGCCUUCCUGCGUCAGGUGUCAGCCUUCCAGCGUCAGGUGUCAGCCUUCCAGCGUCAGGUGUCAGCCUUCCAGCGUCAGGUGUCAGCCUUCCAGCGUCAGGUGUCAGCCUUCCAGCGUCAGGUGUCGGCCUUCCAGCGUCAUUUGUCAGCCUUCCAGCGUCAGGUGUCAGCCUUCCUGCGUCAGGUGUCAGCCUUCCUGCGUCAGGUGUCAGCCUUCCAGCGUCAGGUGUCAGCCUUCCAGCGUCAGGUGUCAGCCUUCCAGCGUCAGUUGUCAGCCAAUAUGACAACUGACAGUUGUACAAUAUAUUCAGUAUAUUGUACAACAGUCAGUUCUUGUACAACAUUCUUUCUGCAGUUUCCUCUAUUCUACUAUUUAUAUGUUAAAGGAAGAGAUGAAAGUGGAAGACGUAGAACAAACAGACAGGAAAGAGAUAAAGAACGAACAGGUGGAAGAGGAAUGGAAGAAGAAGAAUGUAAAGAAAAGACGAGAGGAAAGGGAUUGGAGAACAGGAAAAGAGAAAGAGGCAGACGGAUGAAGGAAGAUGGAAGGGAUUAA